UGGGCCGCAAGAAACGCCGCGAACGCGCAAUCGCAAACGCUGCCAACGCUGGCUGGUGGAAAAAGCAGCAGCACCCAGCUGUCCUGCGCAACAAACGCGACUGCAAGAAGAUUGAAGACAAAAUGCAGGGAUGCGGAUGCUGUUUGUGAUUAAAUUCUGAUUUGUCGCCAAAUGGAGGAGAAAGGUGGCAAAGGCAAGGCCCUGAUGAGCCAACUUUUGGGUGCAAUGAAGAACCAGUUCAACCGUGCUGGGGAGGCCGAGUCGGCUGAAGGUCUGGAGGACUCGGACCCUGCCGGACGACGCUCCCUGCGCAGCCAGAGCAAGUCCGGGGACGAGGCGGCCGAGAGCACCGAGCUGAAGAGGUCGACGAGGCGGUCAAACCAAAAGGGCUCGGGCGGCUCGAUCUUGCAGUCGGCCAUCGCCAGGAAGGAAAAGUCCUUCCUGUCCACACCGCCCAGCAGCAGUAGCGGCAGCACUUCCGGUACUAGCAAAAGCAACGUCCGGCCGACGCAGCAAGUGUUGAAAAAGAAAACGCCCACCGUGCCUGUCAAGUCGCCGCCGCCAGCGUUGUCGCCCUCGAUGCCCAAGAAGAAGGCCAGAGUGGCUGAAAGUGUGUCCAGCGCUGCUUCGGACAUUUCGUCCGCAUCCCUGGACAAGGUCAAAGAGGAGCAGAUUGAGUCGGAAGACAACGAGAGUGUCAGUUCAGUAAAAAAUGAGGAGGAUAUUCCUACGGCCAAGCAAAGUAUUCCUCCGGGAACACCCUCCUCUUUGGAUAAUAAGAGGCGCAUUGAGGAGGAUGAAUCUCAAGAAGUUGCAUCUCCAGAUUCGGACGCUCGAAAGAGGCUACGAAGGACAGCUCGGACCUCUCCCGUCUUAGGAGACUCUUCCUCGGACAGUGGAAAUCCAUCCAAAGCAAAAUCCGGCUCAGAUCCAAAUGCUAACGCUGCAAUGAACCGUGUCAUGUGUUUCUGCCGCACCCGCAAGGGCCCCCGAGCGUCUAUUUGCUCUGUUGAGCCUGUGCAGACUUCCGAUGGAGAAGACACUUCUGGUUCCAAGGAACUGUAUUGUCAGGCUGUUGAAAGUGUUGACGAAACGUUGGUCGGUUGCUGCAAACUUGCAUCAACCACCAGACUGCGAAGACCUUCAGCGAAGGUUCCCUACAUGCUCCUUUGUGAGAGCCACGCCUACCGUCUCUCCCUGCACAAUUGCUGUCCCGGUUGUGGAAUAUUUUGUUCACAAGGACGAUUUGUUCAAUGCGAGUUUAAUGGAAAAGUCCACCACUUCCACCGAAACUGCCAGCUUCCCAUUGGCAGCGGAGGAAAGGAGGGCCUUUGCCCUCACUGCGGUUCUAUGAGUCCAACUUUUGACGUCAGGUUGGAAAUGAAAAUGCCAAAGAAACCUGUUUUCUUGCCUCACCAGAGACAAUUACGCAAAGAUAAAUCCGCCAAAAUGAGUUUCCCGGACAGCAAAGGAGAGAAGAAGGAUCUCUUGCCAAGAUCUUCAUUUGUCUUGCCCGAAGCUCCUCCCAACAUUUUAGACAAGGCAAAGUACACAUUAGAACAUCUGUUCGACGCUGCCGCCGAUGGAGACACGGAGUAUGUGUUGAACAUUCUCAGUUUCGGACACAAUCUCAACCACGUAUUCACCAAAAAUGGAAACAAGACCGCCCUGCAUGCUGCGGCAGAAAAGGGUCACCUGGCUACGGUCCACCUUCUUGUUCAGGCUGGAGCCCAGCUGGAUGUGAUGGACAGUGAGCAAAUGACUCCUUUGAUGCAGGCAGUCAUCACAGAGCACAAUCCUGUUUUGAAAUACCUGAUUAAAGCUGGGGCCUCUCUCAUUAUCAAAGGCACCGAUGGCAUGACAGCUCUCCACUUGGCUGCCAAGAAUGGCAACUACGAAGCCUGCACUUUGAUCCUUACAGAACAAAAUACCACAUCCACCAGAACACUCCUCGAUGCUCAGGAUGAUGGAGGCUGGACUGCUUUGGUUUGGGCUUGCGAACACGGCCACUUCGGCAUUGUGAAGUACUUAGUUACAAAGAAGGCUGAUCCUCUUAUUCGAGACACGGAGCAGAAUAUUGCCCUGCACUGGUCCACAUUUUCCGGUAGUGCCGAUAUCUGCGAGUUGUUGCUGAACAGCGGCUGCAACGUCAACGCUGCCAAUGCUCAAGGAGACACACCAUUGCACAUUGGCUCUCGGCAAGAUAAUUACGAAGUCGUUCUCCUGCUUUUGGCAAGGGGUGCCCAAGUCGACGCCAAAAACUUAAAUGGGGACCGACCUCUGGACUGUUGUCCUACUGAAGGCUCCGACUGCUGGACUGCAAUCAACAUGAAUGUACAACUGCAAGCUCUACUUGCAAACACCCAAGAAAGAACCAAACGAAUAUUAUCUAACGACAUAUCAAAGGGCAAAGAGAACAACCCCAUUCAAGUCAUCAACGGAGUCGAUGACCAGGCGGUACCAGCAGACUUUCUGUAUGUUACCGAAAACUGCUUCACAUCUGACAUACGCGUUGAUAGAAAAAUCACGUCUCUCCAAUCCUGCAGGUGCACAGACACUUGCAGCACAGCAAACUGCUUGUGCGCGCACUUCAGUCUGCGAUGCUGGUUUGAUGAAGAGGGUCGGCUGCUGCCAGACUUCAAUUAUGCAGACCCGCCGUUGCUUUUUGAGUGCAACGUUGGUUGCGCAUGCAACAAGGUCACUUGUAACAACCGCGUCGUGCAGCAUGGCCCGACUGUGCGCUUUCAACUUUUCCGCACAGAGGGCAAAGGCUGGGGCGUCAGAACUUUGAGGCCUAUUCCCAAAGGAGCAUAUGUUUGCGAGUACAUCGGAGAGGUGAUAACAGACUGUGAGGCUGACAGUAGGGAAGAUGACUCGUACCUCUUUGAUUUGGACAAUCGUGAAGGUGAAACCUACUGCAUCGAUGCCCGGAAGUAUGGAAACAUAGCACGGUUCAUCAACCACAUGUGCACUCCGAACCUGAUGCCUGUCAAAGUAUUCAUCGACCAUCAAGAUCUGAAGUUCCCGCGCAUUGCACUAUUUGCAAACCGAGAUAUCGCAGCUGAUGAGGAACUAGGGUUUGAUUAUGGGGAAAAGUUCUGGAUUGUGAAAUGCAAGUCUUUCACUUGCACCUGUGGCAGUGAAAAUUGUCGGUACUCGGAUGCGACCAUUGAGGACACAUUGGAAAAGUACAAGCAGAAGGUGGAGGAACUCGAAGCUAGGAGGCUGGCUGAGGUUGAGAACCAAAAAUGAAAUUCAGAUAGGGAUUAGAAGUUAGUUAAAUAAUUUGUCACAAUCUCAAAUUUCCUUGUGAACCUCCAUAGAUAGAAUUUUCCAAAAUACUUGUUUGCUUUGUCCUGUGAAUGUUAUCUAAGCAAAUAUUACUUGUGACGUACAGGUUUGAUGUUUUGAUAUUGUGCCAAUGGAGGGAGGAAUUUUUUAAAUCUAAUAGAUGAUUAUAACGCGUGACAAGUUGUUUCUUUGUCAAAAGUCCCUGUGGUGUUUGUGAAGUGUCUGUGUGAAUUUCAGCCAGUUUUCUGCUACAUCACUGCCAGUAUGUAAUGCAUUAUAAAUUUUAAGUGUAUAAGAACAACUCCGAAAGUUAAAUCGUUGAUGAAUAUAUUGCUGACAACUGCACCACUGCAAUGGGCUGCGGAGAUUUAAUUGUUGUGGUUUUGUGCAAUAAUAAAUGAAGUUGAACCGUCUUGCUGUAUAUAAUAAAAAUUUCAUUCCAAU